UCCAACUUCUGGUGAGAGAGAAAUAACACAAAGGGAGUGAAUGAGGACAGGCGGCGAGCGAGAAGAUUAUCACAAGUAUAAAACACGAGUGGAGCGCCGCCGGGGGAAGAGAAAAAAAAACCUAUUUAAUAAACUGUUUAAAAAAAAAACAAAUUUUAAGUGGAGGAGAUUUAGAAACGUACCACAGCGAAUGAAGGAAAAAAAUAUUUUUUUUUAAAAAAAAGGAACACCAACAAAGACCUCUAUCCAGACUCUGCCUGACAUUGAAUUGUCCAAAAGAAUUAAGGAAAUGUGGAGUGACACACAGGAGAUUAGUCAUAGGAUUUAAGGCUUUGAGGACGUACACCUCGAAGGGAAGCAGUGAGGUGAAGCACAGAAUAGUUCACUUUUCGUGCCAUUAGGGGAGCUGUGAGCACAAGGAAGAUGGCAGAUCCUGGUAUGCUGAGUUUGUUUGGUGAUGAUGGGAACAUUUUCAGUGAAGGGCUUGAAGGUCUUGGCGAAUGUGGUUUUUCAGAAAAUCCAGUGAAUACACUUGGGCAACAAUUACCCAUGGAUCAAGGAUUUGCCUCCAUGCAGUCUCCUCUCCAUCAUCCCCCACCUACUCAGACUCAAACUAAACUGGCUCAUUAUGAUCACUUUGGUCCAUUUGAACAGCAAAAAAUACAUCUAGUAGAUCAGCCUAACCGAAUGAUUGGCAAUACACCCGGGAAUGGUAUGGCAUCACCCCACUCUCAAUACCACAACCCCACAGUUCCACCAGUCCCUCACAGUGGUACUCAGUUGGGAGUGUACCCUUCUAUGCAGAAUGAAAGGUGUGGACAGCAAUUUGUAGAUAGUAGCUCCAUGUGGGGCCCACGUGCUGUUCAGGUGCCAGAUCAAACCCGACCUGCCUUCCAGCAACAGCAACAACCACAGCCACCACCUCCAGGGCAAGGGCAUGCUCAACAUAUGCAACAGAUGGGGAAUUACCUAACACGUAGUGAUUAUUCAUUGCAACAGCACAACCAGCCUCAGCAGCAGAGGGUGAACCAAUUCACUCAGGGUCAAGAGGCCCUCAGUCAAGGAAAUCCUUUCAUGGGAACUUCAGGACCAGGCCACUUGGCUCACAUGCCUCAGCAAACCCCCAACAUUAGCCCUUCUUUACGUCACACUCCAACCCAGCAGUACCAUGCCCAUCCCCCUCCUAAUUCUCUCCAUGGAGAUUCCAUUGCGCAUAGUCCUAGAUUCUCCCCAAAUCCUUCCCAACAAGCCGCGAGCAGACAACAAAAUUUAAAUUUUAGUUCACGUAGCCAGGCGGUACCAUCACAAUCUGUAAGUAGCUCAGGGCAGUAUUCACAAUAUCCUUAUAGUAACAUUAAUCAGGGAUUAGUUAACAGUAAUACAGGGAUCAGUCAAAACCUAGGCCUUAAUAGUAACCCAUCUGUGAACCAGUCAAUACCCCGCUAUCCAAAUACUGUGGGAUUCCCAGGUGGCACAAGCCAAGGACUAAUGCACCAGCAGCCUAUACAUCCAGGUGGCCCACUUAACCAAAUUAAUGCACAAACUAUGCACCCCACACAGUCUCAGGGAACUUAUGCUUCUCCACCACCAAUGUCACCGAUGAAAGCUAUGAGUAACCCAGCAGGCACCCCUCCACCACAGGUUAGGCCUGGCAGUGCUGGCAUGCAGUUGGAGGUUGGAAGUUAUUCAAACAUGCCCCUGCCUCAACAGCCGCACCAGUCCCCAGGUACCAUGGGACUUGGACAGAGGAGCAUUGGUCCCAGAAGCAUGCAGACACAAUACAUGAGCCCUUCUGUACCAAGGGAUAUUGGCAGCCUUCCAAGACCAGUUGGUGCACUCGGUCCCAGUGGAAAUCAUGCCGAUCAGAUGAUGCAGGAACGUCUAAUGUCUGGCCAGCAGCACCCAAAUCAGCCUUUUCAGCCUCAGUUGCCAACUUGUCCACCUGUGAAACAGCACUCAGCAGUUCAUCAUCAGACUUCUCCUACAUCUCAUCAACAUCAGCCCUGGGUCCAGUCACAGCAUUCUUCACCUAAGACCACAUUGCAACAAGUGCCUGCCCAACAUCAGCUUGAGACUUUUUGA